AUGGUCUCCGUGCCUACCACCUGGUGCUCCGUCGCGCUAGCCCUGCUCGUGGCCCUGCAUGAAGGGAAGGACCAGGCUGCUGCCACCCUGGAGCAGCCAGCGUCCUCAUCUCAUGCCCAAGGCACCCACCUUCGGCUUCGCCGUUGCUCCUGCAGCUCCUGGCUCGACAAGGAGUGCGUCUACUUCUGCCAUUUGGACAUCAUCUGGGUGAACACUCCUGAACAGACAGCUCCUUACGGCCUGGGAAACCCGCCAAGACGCCGGCGCCGCUCCCCGCCAAGGCGCUGUCAGUGCUCCAGCGCCAGGGACCCCGCCUGUGCCACCUUCUGCCUUCGAAGGCCCUGGACUGAAGCCAGGGCAGUCCCAAGCCGGAAGUCCCCUGCAGACAUGUUCCAGACUGGCAAGACAGGGGCCACUACAGGAGAGCUUCUCCAAAGGCUGAGGGACAUUUCCACAGUCAAGAGCCUCUUCACCAAGUGACAACAGGAGGCC